GAGAAGUUUCUCUUUUUUUUUUUUUUUUCCUUUUCCGUGCUCAUGAACCAAGACCCCAAGUCGAAAUCAGCACCUCAAACACCCGUCGUAUUUAGAGCACUUUCUCAGCCUCGUUCAUAUCAAUAACCCCACAUUUCUGCAAGAAGAGCGUUACUGCCGGUUGAGGGGGGGAAAGUUGCACGGAAAAGGGAGUGAGAGGACUUAAAAAGUUAAAAUACGAGCGGUUCGCGAGGGAUGCGAGUGGGGCUGGAGGGAAAUCCAUCUCUCGCCCAAGCUAGGUGCAGCGGGGUCGGAGCCCAGCGCCCGCGUCUGCCCGGAUGUCUGCGGGCAGAAGAGGUUUUCCCAACGUGUGCAACCUGGGAGAAUGGCACUGGGCUGCAAAAUCUGUCAGGAGACUUGAAUUACGCCGUACAAACAUCUCUCUCACUUUGUCUUUGCAAUCGCAUGCACGUGUGGAUAUGGAUGUCUGUACAUACAGCCGCCCAACGCCUGGAGAACAGAUUUACAUUUCAUACGGAAAGUGAACUUCUCCCUCACAAAGUGCACCCCGCGCGGGGUGCACAAAGGAAAACCCGUCCCCAAACAAAGACGCACGAACAGCGGCAUCCCUGCGUGCCCAGCACUUGUUUUGUCACUUCUAUUUAGUCCGUCGAUGCGGUAUUGUGUUAAAAAUAUCGGCAUGUUACAAACAGAGGCUUUUAGGAGACAGCGGGGAAGGCGAAGAGAGUUUAGCUCGCCCUUUGCUGGAAACUGGCGAGGACGGUUUAGAUAGCGAUUUUUUAGCAUAGUUUUAUGCAGUGGAGUAACGGAUUCUUUGUGUAUAAAGUAGAAAGUAAAUAGAAAACAAAGUCCGGGAGGGAGGAAAGAAACGCUAGACUGGUUUUAAGACUCCCCCCAUCCCUUGGUUCAGCAGAAACAAUUUACAUUAGCAAUUCCGCAUCUUUAAGAUAAAUUACACAGCGGCGUAAUAGAUUUAAAGUACGCCAGAUUUUUUAUCAUUAAUUGUAAAUGUGCAAAAUACCUGCUGGUACUUCACUUUAGAAGAAUGUAAUUGGCAAAAAUGGGAGGCUGAUGAAUAGAUAAUAGAUCCUUAACUACCAAUAAACAGUAAGCACCAGCCAAGAGUAUUAGGAUGUGAUCAUAAUUAUUCUGCAGCACCAGCCAAUGGGAGGAGGAGAACUCAGCCCUAAAAUCAUCCCCGGACUCAAAGGUAAUCUCGAAAAUACGGACAAGGCUGGAACCGGAGACUUUCUCCCCUGUCCCGUCUGCGGGAGCCCGGCGUGUCCCAGCUUUGCGUAAUACAAUUGCCCUCCGCUUUGUUUUCCGCACCGCGCGGUGCGGGGCAUGCGAAGGAGCGAAGGGUGAAUAAAUAAAUUCGGAGGAGGAGGAGGGCGACCCGCUCUCUCACCGGGACGAAACCUUUCCCAAGCGGGGCAUCUCUCCCGGACGCCCCGGGGCUGAUCCAGUCACUCCCUGCUGCAAACUUCCCCGGAUCGCCUCCCGCGCACCAGAGAGAGCCAGGCAGAGAUUUGGUCGGGGACUCUCGCCGCGGCAGCAUGUUUCAGCCCACACCCAAGCGGUGUUUCACCAUCGAGUCGCUGGUGGCCAAAGACAGCCCCCUGCCCGCGUCUCGCUCCGAGGAUCCUAUCCGGCCGGCGGCGCUCAGCUAUGCCAAUUCCAGCCCGAUGAACCCAUUUCUCAACGGCUUCCACUCCACUGGCAGGGGGGUAUACUCCAACCCGGACUUGGUCUUUGCAGAGGCCGUCUCCCACCCGCCUAACCCGGCCGUGCCGGUCCAUCCCGUGCCCCCUCCCCACGCCCUGGCCGCCCACCCGCUGCCUGCUUCGCACUCCACGCACCCGCUCUUCGCCUCGCAGCAAAGGGAUCCUUCCACCUUCUACCCCUGGCUAAUACACCGCUACCGGUAUCUGGGCCACAGAUUUCAAGGGAAUGAAACCAGUCCGGAGAGCUUCUUAUUGCACAAUGCACUGGCCAGGAAACCCAAAAGGAUCCGUACAGCUUUCUCUCCAUCCCAAUUACUGAGACUGGAACAUGCCUUUGAGAAGAACCAUUAUGUAGUAGGAGCAGAGAGAAAACAGCUGGCACAUAGCCUCAGCCUCACGGAAACUCAGGUAAAAGUAUGGUUUCAGAACAGACGGACAAAGUUCAAGCGGCAAAAGUUGGAAGAGGAAGGUUCAGACUCACAACAGAAGAAAAAAGGGACUCAUCACAUUAACCGGUGGAGAAUCGCCACCAAACAAGCCAGUCCAGAGGAAAUCGACGUCACAUCGGACGAUUAAAAACUGGUACUUCGGGACUUUUUCAAAGCCAGGCACCUCCACCAACAGAAAGUGUUAAAGGCUCACAUCCCACCGCCAGCGUGGCGGUGUGGGGAAGGGACACGGAGAUCUUCAUCAAAACUGCGGUUCCCGUCUGGAAGCGGCUGGGAGCGAGCGAGGGGACACCGCGACAGGUCUGGACUGUGGCACUGCCGGCACCGCUCUGGCAAGGGGGGAUCUGUCAAUCAAAGCCAAAACACCGGGACGAGGUGAUUGACAGGUAUUCCGUUUCUCGCAGUCCACUUUUAAAAGCGUAACGUCAAAAAAAUCUUAAAAAAAAAUUAAAAAAAAACAACCCCACACUUACCCUCCCCCCGAAACAAGCAGCCCACGUCCCCCAGCCAAACCAGAAAAAUGACCACCUUACAGGACAUUUUGCACUUCACAGUUUCUUCCGUCUUUAAAAGAGAAAUUUCCAUAAGCAGCCAAACCCCACACCUGUUUCAGAAACUUGAAUUGCAUGUGAAAAGCCGUCUGGGCAAAAAAAAGAAAAAAAAGAAAAAAAAAAGAACGGAAAAAAAUUACCCCGGUUGCUAAAGACAGAAGUGAAUUGUAAUUUUUUUCCCUUUAAGACUGGUUUUGUGUGCUUUUUAAUUUUAUUUUAUGAGAAAUGUGCAGUCUGUAAACAUUUUAUGAUAACUUCUGGCGUCAAAGUGUUUGUGAAAGAUAAAUGAAGUAGCAGUAACAAAGCAUAGUGUUCCUUCCGGAUGGACAAACACGGUGGGGCAGGGGAGGGAUGGGAGGGAAAGUGGGGGGGGAGGUUCGGGCUGGUCAUAACUUUUGCUGCCAAAAAAAAUAUCAAAUCAAAUUAUCCCCCCCCCCCCCCCCCGCCCCGUUGUAUCCUCAUUGCAAAACCAGAUGAUGAUUACUUUUUAAGAUUAACAAAGCGCAAAUCCAGCGACCAGGUUUGGCCAUGGGGACACCUCCCAGAAUGGGGGGAUCCAGAGAAAAGGGACUGAAAAUAGAUUAUUGAUUUUUUUUUUUCUAAUGGCCAUUUUCAUUGGGGCAAUUUUCAAGCACUGACCUUAUAAUAUUCCGAGAUCAUAGAGCUACUAAAAAAAAAAAAGUGACAAAUGUUUCCUUCAUGUCUUCUUUACCAGAAUGUAAAUAUUUUUGUGUUUUGUGUUUAAUUUGUUAGAAUUCUAACACACUAUAUACUUCCAAGAAGUAUGUCAUUGUCAAUAUUUUGUCAAUAAAGAUUUAUCAAUAUGCCCUAUA